AUGAAGACAUCAGUUCUAUCAGCAGGCCUGAGCCUCAUUACCUCGGUAGUAGCGUUUCCGCACUACUUGGACAUUGAGCGACGCUGGGAGCCCAGAGAAUGGAUUGCCCCAGGACCAGACGACUCCCGCGGUCCGUGUCCGGGUCUAAACACCCUCGCCAAUCAUGGCUACCUCCCCCGCAAUGGUAAAGGGAUAACGCUGGAUAUCCUCAAAGAGGGCAUGCUUGAGGGGUUCAAUAUCGAGCAUGGCGAUGCGGUGCUUUUGUUCUUCCAGGCUAUCAGGACCAGUCCAAUUCCUUUCUCGGACAGGUUCGACCUCGCCGACCUCGGCCGGCACGGCAUACUGGAACACGAUAUUAGUUUGAGUCGCUCUGAUGCAUACUUUGCCGACCCCAAACCGUUUAACGAGACCGUUUGGGCCGAGACGAUGUCGUACUUUACCACCUCAAUGAUCACUGUCGAGCAGCUUGCAAAGGCUCGGAUGGGACGCCUGGCUACCUCCAAGAAGACGAACCCUGAGUUCGAGUUGUCCUUGCUUGCCGACGGGUUCAGCUGGGGCGAGUGCGCCUCGUUCUUCGAGAUCAUGGCGGAUGGGACGACUGGGACGGUGGACAAGAAAUACAUUGACUACUGGUUCCGAAACGAACGCAUGCCGACCGAGCUCGGCUGGCAACGACGCAAUGUGACAAUGAAGGGCUCUGAGCGGAUCAAGUACAGCCUGUUGCUCAUGGAAGCUGCCGGCGUGAAGAAGCGAGACAUGACAUCGGAUGCGUAUGGUCUGCCUAUCGUCCACUGA